AUGUUGGUACAUUGUUGUUGUUUUGUAGUUAAUUUAGUACGAGGAUACACCGCUGCCCGUCUGCUGCUGGACGCUUUCUACCAACUGUGUCAAGUUACCCCGUCUCUUGUAUCGGAAACCUACUCCGUCAGUUUUACGCAUUCCGGUCUACACAGAUAUCCACAGAGAGUGUCUUCUGCAAGAUUCUGGCCAGUUGCCUGCAUGCAGGGAAUGACGACUAAUUUCAAGACGAGCAAAGCUUUAAAGGUCAAGAAGGAGGCGGGCGAGAAUGCCCCGGCGCUCAGCGACGAUGAGCUGGUGGCCAUGUCUGUGCGGGAGCUCAACCAGCACCUGCGUGGGCUGACCAAGGAUGAUGUCGUGCGGUUGAAGCAGCGGCGACGGACCCUGAAAAACCGGGGCUACGCCGCCAGCUGCCGCAUCAAACGCGUCACCCAAAAGGAGGAGCUGGAGAGACAAAAGAUAGACCUACAGCAUGAGGUGGACAAGCUGGCCCGCGAGAAUGCUAGCAUGAGGUUGGAAUUGGAUGCCCUGCGAGCCAAGUACGAGGCCCUGCAGUGUUUUGCUCGGACUGUGACCCGCGGGCCCCUCUCGCCAGGAAAGGUGGCCACCACGAGUGUCAUCACCAUCGUCAAGUCUACCAACCGCAACAACUCCAGCCCGACCCCGUUCUCAGCUCCUUCCUUGUGUUGAUAGGACUGGGCUCUCCUUCUCCUGCCUGGUCCAGCCUGAACCCACUCAUCCUGUACUGAGAGGAAGCUCAGUAGUUAGACUGGUGGGAUGGGAUUGGGUGGCAAGCUCUAUGUGAUGUUAUGCUGCAUUCACAACUCUGUCUCCCUCCUUCUGUCUCUCUUACACAACCUACAUUGUCUGUGCACUGUGCAAAGCUGGCUCCCCGACCCCCAGCACCGGCAGGGUACUGGGCCUCUGUGACCUCCAUG